CCCUGUGAAAACCAUCCCAAAGCACAAGAGCACGCAGUGCAGCACAGCUUCCUGCUCACACCGCCGUAGUAGUAAUAAUCCAUCACCAAUGGCUCCCAAGGCUGCUCUCUUCCUUGCCCUCGGCCUCCUCUUGGCUGCCUCCGCGCACGGCUGCGAACCCUCUUGCUCAGGCCCCGUCGUCCCGACACCGCCGGUCGUGCCAACGCCGCCGACCCACAGCCAUGGUGGGCGCUGCCCGAUCGACGCGCUCAAGCUCAGCGUGUGCGCCAACGUGCUGGGCCUCGUCAAGGUCGGCUUGCCCCCGCAGCAGGAAUGCUGCCCGCUGCUGGAGGGGCUGGUGGACCUCGACGCCGCAUUGUGCCUCUGCACUGCCAUCAAGGCCAAUGUCCUCGGCAUCCACCUCAACGUGCCCGUUAGCCUGAGUCUCAUCCUCAAUAACUGCGGCAAGAUUUGCCCGGAGGACUUCACUUGCUACUAACUAAUUAUAAGCUGAUGAGCUGAUGGACGCUCCAUCUCGCGAUUCCGGCCGGUUGUUACUUGAUCAUCAUCGGUUCCAAUGGCCGACAUGUUGGGCUGUUGCACGAUAGAAUAAGUUUGUUACAAAUUCUUUUUCCUGUACCAUUAUUAUUCAUUGUAUUGAUGAUGUGGAUUUAUAUUUCCAUUUUUAAUUAUCAAUAAGAAUAUUCAUGUUUUUAUUUUGAGAAA